AUACCCCGGCGGAAAACAUGUUCCAAACAAGAAGAUCGAGGAAGGUUCGAUCAUAGAUGGUGAUGAGGUUCAAACAUUUCAUCUUUGCAUUGCUCGCUGGUUUGGCUCUUAUACUUGCUGUUCAUGCCCAGGAUCAACCUGCAGGCUUCAUAAGCAUAGCUUGUGGGUUACUAGCGAAUCCUAGCGUUACGGAUGAGCACACAGGCUUAAAUUACAUUUCAGAUGCAACCUUCAUAGACACAGGUACAAGUCAGAGCAUAUCAUCUGGAUUCAGAGGUGACAAUCCACCAUUCUUAUGGAAUCUCAGAAGCUUUCCUCAAGGAAACCGCAACUGUUACAGCAUCAACGUCACUGCAGGCACUAAAUACUUGAUCCGAGCAACCUUCGUGUAUGGGAAUUAUGAUGGAAAAGAUAAUUUCCCACAAUUUGAUCUGCAUCUUGGACAAAAUAUGUGGGACACGAUCCAAGUGGAGAAUUCAUCGUCUGGUUUCAACAAGGAGCUCAUACAUGUUCCGUCUCGAAACUAUAUACAUGUGUGUCUCAUAGACACGGGCUUCGGGACGCCAUUUAUAUCAGCAAUAGAGUUAAGGCCAUUGAUAAAUACCUCCUAUGUCACCAAAUCUGGAUCAUUGGCACUUGUUGAUCGCUGGGAUGUUGUUGGAUCAAAAAGCGAUCUGAGAUACUGGUAUCCAGAUGAUGUUCAUGAUCGCCGUUGGGAUCCCUAUAACGAAGUUGGGUGGACAAAUUUAAGUACCCCGCUUAUCAUUGACUCCCAAAUUCACAAGGAUUAUCAACCACCAUCUAUUGUCAUGAGAACUGCCGCCACACCUGUAGAUGAUAGCGCUCCCUUAGAGUUCAACUGGGACUCAGAUAAUGCGACAUCUUCCGAAUAUUAUGUUUACAUACACUUUGCUGAAGUCGUAAAGCUGAAAGCCAACCAGUCCAGAUCAUUCAACAUUACCCUCAACGGGAAGUACUGGGAUGGACCCAUUGCUCCUCCUUACUUAUCCUCAAGCACUGUGUCUAGCACAUCGCCCAUAAGUGGAGAAGCAAAAUAUGAUUUUUCUUUCAUCAAAACUCAAAAUUCAACACUACCACCCAUCCUCAACGCGAUUGAGAUAUAUUCCGUGAAAUAUUUCUUGCAAUCAGAAACAGAACAAGGAGAUGUUGAUGCCAUGGAAAAAAUCAAGUCAACAUAUGCAAUGAAGAGAAAUUGGCAAGGAGAUCCGUGUGCCCCUAAAGCAUACUCCUGGGAAGGUCUAAAUUGUAGCUACAAUGGUUAUAGUCCACCUAGAAUCACAUCCUUGAAUUUGUCCUCAAGUGGACUAAUUGGACAGAUAUCUGCCGACAUAUCAAAGCUCGUAAUGUUACAAUAUUUGGAUCUUUCUAACAAUAGCUUAACAGGAUCAGUGCCUGAUUUCUUGUCUCAAUUACGAUACUUGAUUGUCUUAAACUUAGAACGAAACCAGUUGUCUGGUCCAAUUCCAGCUGAACUAAUUGCAAGAUCAUUAAGGGUUUUUGAUAAUGCCACCAACAGUACUAUCAUUCCAAGUGGGGGUGACAAUAUCAAUUCAAAGCCAUGUGGAUCUGGUUCGUGCAAAAAGAAGGACAGCAUUGUUGUUCCAAUAGUAGUAUCACUUGGUGUAUUGUUGAACGUCGCAUUAAUUGUUAUUGCUACCUUGUUACUUAGAAGAAAACGACAAGACAAGACUAAAGCAUUUGCAAUGGUAGAUACUAAAUCCAAUAUUCAGAAGGCAUCGUUGGAGUCAAUACAACGACAAUUUACAUAUUCUGAACUCCGAAAUAUUACCAACAACUUUGAGAGGAUUGUUGGCAAAGGUGGAUUUGGAACAGUUUACCAUGGCAACAUAGGUAACACUCAAGUAGCAGUGAAGAUGAUAUCUCCAUCAUCAACUCAAGGAUUUCAGCAAUUUCAAUCAGAAGUUAAACUUCUUAUGAGGGUUCAUCAUAAAAACUUAACUACUCUUGUCGGAUAUUACUAUGAGGAAAAUAACAUGGGGCUCAUUUAUGAGUACAUGGUCAACGGAGACUUAAAAGCACAUCUUUCAGGUGAGAACGCAAACAUAUUGAAUUGGGAACACAGACUUCAAAUAGCGAUGGAUGCCGCCCAAGGAUUGGAGUAUCUGCACAAUGGUUGCAAGCCACCUAUAAUUCACAGAGAUGUUAAACCCACAAACAUCUUGUUAAAUGAAAAUUUUCAUGCCAAACUAGCUGAUUUUGGGCUAUCCAAAACUUUUCCUACCGAUAGUGGAACUCAUAUGUCAACUGUUGUUGCUGGCACCCCUGGAUAUUUGGACCCCGAAUACUACAUAUCAAAUUGGUUAACCAGCAGAAGUGAUAUUUAUAGCUUUGGAGUCGUUCUUUUGGAGAUAAUCACAGGUCGACCUGCAAUUGAAGGAUCCCAUGAAAAGACUCACAUAAGUCAAUGGGUGCGUUUCAUGCUUGAUAAUGGGGAUAUAAAAAAUAUUGUUGAUACAAGGUUGUGUAGAAAUUUCAGUAUCAACUCUGCUUGGAAAGUUGUCGAAAUAGCAAUGGCUUGUGUAUCUCCAACUUUGGCUGAAAGGCCAACUAUAAGUCAGGUAGUGGCCGAACUAAAAGAGUGUUUGGCAAUUGAAUUAGCUCGCACAGUGGAGGGCCAUGAGGGCAAACCAACGAAUUCAAUUGAAAGUAUGGACAUGGAUCUAACUACUGAAGUCAUUCCUUUAGCGCGGUAAAACAUUGUCGAGUCUUGAACUUUUUUACUUUCUGUAAUUUUUUUUUUUAGUGCAUACUAUACUUCAAAUGAAUCAUCUAUGAUGGUUCUAUAUAUUGGAUCCAUAAUUGUGAUAGGUCCCAUAUUUUGAUAUUGGAAUUGAAAUAAUCUCCAUUUCGAGUA